UGCCAUCUCUUUCAUUUGCGUCUUAUUUGGCACCGUAUUUUUUGUUGAAAAAAUUUAUGAAAAAUGGAAUUCUACGCCCAUGUUGGUGAGCAUAAAUCCAAAAUUUACUGAAAUCACAAGUGAACCGUUUCCUGCGUCACCAUUUGCAAUCUCAAUCAGGCUUACAGAGCAAAGGCGGAACGAUUUUCGGUCAACUCGCUGAAUUAUACCAUCAUACAAAUGAUCUGUAAUCGUGAGGUCAACGUUAGUGUUGCUGCAGAAAUUACGGAUUGGAGUAAUUUGAAGGAAUUCAUUUUUGAUAUUUCUCAACCUUGCUCUAAUAUGAUAUUGCGAUGCAAUUUUGGAGGAAAAGUGUUUAAUUGCACUGAAAUAUUUCGACCAAUCAUUACGGACAAUGGACUUUGUUGCACCUUCAAUAUGGUGGAUCCCAAAUUUAUGUACCGAGAAUCAAUUAAUAAAUCAUUGCUUGCCAACAAUUAUCAUUACCCAAAGGGUUAUGAGCCUGUCGAUUGGAGUGCAGAAGCCGGCUAUCUAGCAAAUUUACCGGAAAAUUUUAUACCAAUGAAAACUGUUGGCAUUGGCGAGAGUCUGGGAUUGAGCUUGACACUAGAUGUUGAAAGCGAACAGUAUUACUGCUCUUCCUCGGAUAGUGUGGGUUUCAAAAUUCUACUACACAAUCCACUCGAAGUACCAAAUAUGCGAGAAAUUGGACUUUUACUGUCGCCGGGACGCGAAACGACAGUUCGCAUACAAACUGAGAAAGUCGAAUCGGACAGAUAUGUACGCUAUAUAAGUAAGAAUUCACGAAGAUGCUUGUUUGAAAAUGAGAUGCAUUUGGACUUCUAUAAUGAGUACACACAACGUAAUUGUGUUGUGGAAUGCAGUGCCGAUACUCUGUUGGCCCAUUGCGGUUGUCUGCCAUAUUUUAAACCAAUGCGGUAUGGUAAUGAAACCAUUUGUGACAUACGUGAUACGGCUUGUGUUGAGCGUGUUCGUUUGCUGACGAUGUUAAUCAAUAAAUCAGGAAAAGGCUGUGCUGCCGAAUGUCCGUCAUCUUGUAACGAUCUCUCUUAUUUGCCAACGUUUUUCUCGGCACCACUUAUACAUGCGGGAUUUCAAAUUGACAAUCAAAUGGUUAAAAAUAUUAGCAGCGAAUAUGUGCAGAAAAAUAUUGCUAUGGUGAAAAUCUACUUCAAAGAUUACGCUUACAGGAGUGAGAAAAAUAUGGAUUUUAUUGGUGUAACGGAUUUUUUGUCAAAUAUUGGCGGCAUAAUUGGACUCUUUUUUGGCUUCAGUUUCAUUUCAUUAGCCGAACUGGUUUUCUAUGCUAUUUUGCGGCCCAUUCGUAUGCUUAUUGUGAGCCAGACAUAUCGAUUUACUAGAUCAGUGAAAUUGCGAAGAAUGAAAUCAGUACGGCCUUUAUUUGAAAAACAAUCAAUUGGAGUUUUGCAACAAAGUAAUUUCUACGUACAAAAUGCUCUUAAAAGGGGGAGAGCUUGUCAGGUGGCGGCUUCAAGGGAGCAUUUGCUAGGAUAUGAAGCUAACAAAUCGAAUGUUGCAUGGCAGCCGGGCAUGGAGUACACUCCUUGA